AUGCUUUCCUUUUCUGCAUUCACUCUCCUUCUGGCCAGCGGCCUCAUUGCACCCGUGGCCGCCGGCAGAUCAGCUCGUUUGCUGCAGACUCGCGAUGGGCCCUCGCCGGCUCUGCCCUAUGCUCCCGAUACCUCAACCUACUGCAGUUGGUGGGUGGAUGUCAGAGCUGGGACCACCUGCGAUGCCAUUGCCAACGAGAACUUUAUCUCCCUCGAGCAAUUUAAGCGUUGGAAUCCUUCCCUCGCCGCCACCUGUGCCGUCGAGGUUGGAAAGUCGUAUUGUGUAGAGGCCUAUGGCGAGCCUGCGCCGGGUCCCUCUACGACGUCUUCUAUUCAAACGUCGACCACUUUGUCGACUAAGACUUCCACUUCUACUCCAUCCACUUCAACUCAGCCGCCGACUACCACCGUCAAGCCGUCGUCGACGACGAAAGCAACGACGACGACGACCACUGGAAACGGUAUCACCACCCCAACACCCACUCAGGCUACCAUUGUCAACAACUGUGAUGCCUUCUACUUUGUCGUCGCCGGUGAUACUUGCGACGCAAUCUCAGCUAAGCAUGGUAUCACUGUAGCUCAGUUCCAAAGCUGGAAUCCCAGCGUCGGCACGACCUGUACGGGACUCUGGGCCAAUGCCUAUGCUUGUGUCUCCAUUAUCGGCCAUACGCCGUCGCCAACCACGCCCGGCAACGGCAUCACCACUCCCACCCCGACCCAGGCCACCAUCGUGACCAACUGCGACGCCUUCUACUUCGUUGUAGCCGGCGAUACCUGCGAGACAAUUGCAUCCAAGCACGGUAUCACUGUAGCUCAGUUCCGAAGCUGGAACCCGAGCGCCGGCACAACUUGCACCGGACUCUGGGCCAACGCCUAUGCCUGCGUCUCCAUCGUCGGCCACACUCCGACCAAGCCCUCGACCACCACCACCAAACCUGGCAACGGCAUCGCCACGCCGACGCCCAUCCAGCCCAACUUGGUUGGCAACUGCGACCGCUUCUACAAGGUCAAGUCCGGAGACACGUGCGCCACGAUCGCCUCCUCGAACGGCAUCACGGUGCAGCAGAUCACGACGUGGAACCCUGCCGUCAAGUCCGACUGCACCGCGCUCUGGCUCGACUACUACAUCUGCACCUCCAUCGUCGGACACACGCCCACGACCCCGGGCAACGGCAUCCAGACGCCCACGCCUAUCCAGAGCGGCAUGACCACCUCCUGCAAGACCUUCCACUUCGUCACCUCCGGCCAGACCUGCCAGGUCAUCACCGCGCGGUACGGCAUCACCCAGGCCAACUUUUUCAAGUGGAACCCCGCUGUCAAGAGCGACUGCACUGGCAUGUGGGCUAAUGCCUAUGUUUGCGUUGCCGUGUUGUAA